GUUGGUAACAGUCAGGUGUUGUAAAUAUCAGAGAGGGCAGCAAAAUGGUACCAAAAAAUUAUUAUAUCAUGCGUAAUCAUACGUGCUGAUUUAACAUGAUUCACAUUAUAAUUUCUGACUUUUCCUGAUGAUCUUCGAAAUUCGAAAAACAUUUCGGGUCAAAUAUUCAAACGCAUGAGGAUGGAUGAUAACGCGUGAUCGAAGUAUGGAGUAUUUAGGCGAGAUAUUCGCUCUCGGAAUUGACGCUGCUGUAUUUGGUAUUUGUUUGAAACAGUACAUUUCUUACAAAAGUGCUGUUCAGGCGGUUAAGAACGUUGAAUUACACGAUGUUAGUCCAAGUCUGAAAGAUCUGGUAGAUAAAACUCCAAAUGGGAAAAUAGAUUAUAUAGCUAUCAGAGGAAAUGUAAAGCCACUCGGAGAAUCUUUGCAGAGCAUUAAUAAGAAAGAUGUGACUGGUGUUAUACAGAAGCUUAGUGUCAGGGAACAUCUUGUAGCUAGAACAUCAGCUGGAUAUUGGUCUAAUCAAGAAAGAACUAUUCAGAAGGUGUACAAUGUGGUACCCUUUGUUUUGCAAAAGGGAUGGCAUUCUGUGGAAAUACUGGAUCCGUUGUCUGCUGACAUUUUAGAUUUGGAUGUAAUUUCUGAUCGUUUUGAACCUAGUGUACCAUCAUUUGUAGACCACAUAUGGGGAUUUUUCAUAGGAGUUCGACAACGUGGAAUACAGUCCACAGAAAAAAUGUUGCGUGCGGAUUCGAUUGUCACUGCAAUAGGUGAGCUCACUAAGCCAGGAACUAAAUCUGGUAAUCUCACUUUGCAAUCACCAUUAAACGGAUCUCCUUUUUAUAUAACAAGCAUGUCGAUUACUGCCUUGAUACGGACAUUAGAUGAUCGCAAGAAGAUGUACAGGAUAUUUUGUAUAAUAAGUGGCCUACUUGGAUUGAUACUCGGAGGUAUCAUAACAAGACGUUAUUGGAAGAAUAAACGGGAACAAAGACUGGCGGAAGAGUUGCGCAAGUCGCUCGAAGCUUCUCGACAAGAAAGACGUCAGAGAGUCAGGGAUAGAGAUCUCCGAGAGGAUCAAAUAUGUGUAGUUUGCAAGGAAAAUGCACGUGAAAUUAUUCUUUUGCCUUGUGGCCAUGUGUGUAUAUGUGAGGAUUGUUCCGUUAGCAUCAACAAUACCUGUCCUGUCUGCAGAACACACAUCACUCAAAAGGCGGCGGCGUACAUAGUGUGAAUUUUAUGUUGAUAAAACUUUGAUAAAGAUGCUAUUUUUAUGUUAAAAAAAAUGGAACGUGAAAACAAUGAAGAUUAAAUUAAGAUAAUAUUCUGUUUGAUUCUGAAAAAAAUAUUUCGUAAUAUUUCCUUCACAUUGUAAUUAUAUUU